GUUGUUCAGUAAAGUACCAACAUGUAUUUUAAAAUCACAGUUGUCAGUCUGAUGGUGGCGGUCUGCCACGGAGGUGCCAUCGGUGAAGGUCACUCUGCACUGUCAUCCCAGAGCAUAGUACGUCACGACCAGCCAGCACAUGGAGCAGCCUACACUCCCUUGGUAGCCCACGCGACUCCGCUAAUCCACGCUGGACCUAUUGUCCAACACGUGGCCCCAAUCGCCCACGCUUCACCGAUCCUUCAGCAUUUAUCUCACGCUCCAAUCGCCAUUGCCAGAGAACACGUUGAAGACCAAGCUCCAGCGCACUACGAGUUCUCCUACUCCGUCGAAGAUCCUCACACAGGUGACCACAAAUCUCAACACGAGAGCCGCGAAGGUGAUGUUGUACAGGGACAGUACUCUCUUGUUCAGCCUGAUGGUGUUGUCAGAACUGUUGAAUACACUGCUGAUGAGCACAACGGAUUUAACGCUGUUGUGCACAACUCAGCUCCGUCUGCACAGGAAGCAAACUUACAAGCUAAUGUCCGCGCUGCACAAGUUGCCCACGCCGGAGCAAUUGUCCACGCUGGACCAGUUGUCCACGCCGGACCAAUUGUCCACGCAGUCCACACUGCACCCCUAGUGCACGCUGUGCACGCUACUCCAAUUCUUACCCAUCAUUAAUUGCUGAAAAUGUAAUUUAUCAUUAUAUUAAACUAGUGCUUAAAUAAAUUAUUAUUAUAUGAA